AUGUCGACCCUGGCAGCCUUCAAGAUCCCGAACAUCUCCAACGAACCGAACAGACACUAUGCCAAAGGAUCCCCCGACCGGGACGGACUGGCCGCCGCAGUAGCUACGCUGCAAUCCAAGGUCCCGCUGGAGAUUCCCCUGGUGGUCUCCGGCAAGUCCAUCAAGACCUCCUCUAUCCUCACCCAGAGCAAUCCAUCCUCCCAUGCGACCACGAUCGCCAAAUACUCCAAUGCUUCUACCGAGGACGUCAACAAUGCCAUCGAGGGUGCCCUCGCCGCGAAGCCGGCGUGGGAGUCUCUCCCUUUCGCCGACCGGGCAGCAAUAUUCUUGAAGGCCGCCGACCUGAUCAGCACAAAAUACAGAUAUGAAAUCAUGGCGGCCACCAUGUUGGGACAGGGCAAGAACGCAUGGCAGGCGGAGAUUGAUUCGGCCGCCGAGCUGGCCGAUUUCUUGAGGUUCAAUGUCAGAUAUGCAGAAGAGCUCUAUGGCCAACAGCCGCCGUACAACUCUCCUGGGGUGUGGAACAGAGUCGAGUAUCGACCUCUGGAAGGCUUUGUCUACGCAAUAUCUCCAUUCAACUUCACGGCCAUCGGCGGGAACCUCUCAGGUGCGCCGGCACUGAUGGGCAACGUGGUGGUCUGGAAGCCAAGUCCCUCGGCCAUCGCCUCCAACUACUUGGUCCACCAGAUCCUGCUGGAAGCCGGCCUUCCUGCGGGCGUGAUCCAGUUUGUUCCCGGUGAUGCUGAGGCUGUGACCAAGGCUGUUCUUUCGCACAAGCAGUUCGCCGCCCUGCACUACACCGGCUCAACGGCUGUCUUCCGCAAACUAUACAGCCAGAUUGGCGAGGGCAUUGCUGAGGGCAGAUAUAGAGGUUACCCCAGGAUUGUGGGCGAGACCGGCGGCAAGAACUUCCAUUUGAUUCACAACAGUGCGGACAUCGACAAUGCUGUGGCGCAGACGAUCCGCGCAGCAUUUGAGUACCAAGGUCAAAAGUGCAGUGCUUGCUCGAGGUUAUAUGUGCCGUCUUCCAUCUGGCCCGAGUUCAAGUCCAAGCUUGUUGCGGCAACCGAGAGUCUGAAGGUUGGACCGUCGGAGGACUUUGGCAACUUCAUUGGCCCGGUCAUCCAUGAAGCUAGUUUCAAGAAGCUGUCUGGUGUCAUCGACGCAGCGAAGGAUGACAAGGACCUCGAGCUGAUCACUGGAGGCAAGUACGACAGCUCCAAGGGCUACUUUGUGCACCCUACAAUCUACGAGACCAAGGACCCCGCCCACAAGAAUCUCAGCACUGAAUUUUUUGGUCCCAUCCUGACGACCUAUGUGUAUGAUGACUCGAAGCUGGAUGCCUUCGAGCAAAUCUGCAAAACGGUUGACAGCAGUUCCGACUAUGGCCUGACCGGGGCCAUCUUCGCCCAAGAUCGCGCUGCCAUCAGGUAUGCCGAGGAGGCGCUGAGGAACGCCGCUGGCAACUACUACAUCAACUGCAAGUGCACAGGUGCUGUUGUUGGCCAACAACCCUUCGGCGGCGCCAGAGCGUCAGGAACGAAUGACAAAGCUGGCUCGGCCGCUAUCUUGUCGCGCUUUGUCAGUAUGCGGUCGCUGAAGGAGGAGAUGCUCCCUACGACAAAGGUGGAAUACCCUUCGAAUGAGGUGUGA